CUGUCCUCUCUUUCUUCUUCUUCUUCUCCAUUAAUUCCCCUACACCCACCAAAUCUAUCUCCGAACUUAGCUUAACCUAACCAUGGUCUCCUCCGAGGCCCAGUUCUGGGUCGUAGCCUUAACAAUCCUACUGCCAUGUCUAUCUGUAACCGCCAAACAGACCUACAUAGUUCAGAUGAAGCACCAUUCCAAACCCUCCUCAUUUGCCACCCACAGUGAUUGGUACUCCGCUAACCUCCAAGCUGUCUCAUCUGACUCCUACUCUGACUCUGACGCCCUCCUUUACACCUACGACACCGCCUACCACGGCUUCGCCGCUUCUUUAGAUCCCGACCAGGCCGAGACGCUUCGCCAGUCGGAAUCCGUAAUCGGGGUUUAUGAAGAUACUGUUUACAACCUCCACACCACUAGAACUCCAGAGUUUCUAGGCUUGGAAACCGCUAACGGGUUCUGGGCCGGACACUCUCUCCAGGACUUAAAUCAGGCCUCCAAUGACGUCAUCGUCGGAGUUUUGGAUACCGGGGUUUGGCCGGAGUCUAAGAGCUUCAACGACGCUGGAAUGCCGGAGAUCCCGUCCCGGUGGCGAGGGGAGUGCGAAUCUGGUGUCGACUUCAGCCCGAAGCUAUGCAACAAGAAGCUGAUCGGAGCCCGGAGCUUCUCCAAAGGCUACCGCAUGGCCUCCGGCGGAGGCUUCAUGAAGAAACCCAGAGAGGCCGAGUCGCCUAGAGACCAGGACGGCCACGGGACCCACACUUCCAGCACUGCCGCCGGGUCGCUGGUGGCGAACGCCAGCCUGCUGGGGUACGCGAGCGGGACGGCGCGUGGGAUGGCGCCCCACGCGCGUGUGGCGACUUACAAGGUGUGCUGGACAUCCGGCUGCUUCGGGUCCGAUAUCCUCGCGGGUAUGGAUCGGGCCAUCCUCGACGGAGUCGACGUCAUGUCGUUGUCUCUCGGCGGUGGGUCCGCCCCGUAUUUUAGGGACACAAUCGCGAUAGGAGCUUUCACCGCCAUGGAGAGGGGCAUUUUCGUCUCUUGCUCGGCCGGGAAUAGCGGGCCGAGUAGGGCCUCAUUGGCCAACACAGCUCCGUGGGUCAUGACUGUUGGAGCCGGAACCUUGGACCGGGACUUCCCGGCUUACGCUGUCCUCGGAAACCAAAACAAGUUCACCGGAGUUUCACUUUACAGUGGAACCGGAAUGGGGACAAAACCGGUUGGGUUAUUUUACAACAAAGGAAGUAACAGCUCAAGCAAUCUAUGCUUGCCCGGUUCGCUUCGACCGGAGGCCGUACGUGGGAAAGUGGUCGUGUGCGACAGGGGAGUUAACGCACGUGUGGAAAAAGGUGGGGUUGUACGCGCCGCGGGUGGGGUGGGGAUGAUACUCGCCAACACUGCCGCUAGCGGCGAGGAAAUGGUGGCUGACAGUCACUUGUUACCGGCGGUUGCUGUGGGGAGGAAAGUCGGUGACAUGAUAAGGGAGUAUGCACAGACAGAUCCGAAUCCGACGGCGGUGAUUAGCUUUGGUGGGACGGUGCUGAAUGUAAGGCCGUCGCCGGUGGUGGCGGCGUUUAGCUCUCGGGGGCCUAAUUUGGUGACUCCCCAGAUCUUGAAACCCGAUGUGAUUGGUCCAGGGGUUAACAUAUUGGCUGCUUGGUCUGAGGCCAUUGGGCCCACUGGGCUUGAGGAGGACACUAGGAAGAGUCAGUUCAACAUUAUGUCAGGUACAUCUAUGUCAUGCCCACACAUUAGUGGUCUUGCAGCAUUGCUCAAAGCGGCACAUCCCAAUUGGAGCCCAAGUGCUAUCAAAUCUGCACUCAUGACUACAGCCUAUACACAUGACAACACCAAGGCUCCUCUAAGUGACGCUGCCGGAGGCCAAUUUUCGAAUCCAUGGGCACACGGUUCCGGCCAUGUUGACCCGUCGAGAGCCGUGUCACCGGGUCUUGUAUACGACAUUUCGAGCGUGGAAUAUGUUGCAUUUUUGUGCUCUUUGGGAUACACCAUCCAACAGGUCCAAUCCAUUGCGAAGAGUAACGUUACAUGCGCAAGAAAGUACUCUGAUCCUGGGCAACUCAACUACCCGUCAUUCUCAGUUGUGUUCGGAAACAAGAGGGUUGUGAGAUAUACUCGAGAAUUGACAAAUGUAGGGACUGCACGUUCUUUAUACAAGGUCAUUGUGAGCGGACCACCAGGAGUGAGGACUAUUGUGAAGCCCUCAAGCCUUUUCUUUGCAACUGUAGGGGAGAAGAAGAAGUACACAGUCACCUUUGUGUCUGCCAAGAGCGGCAGUAGAACAUCGAGGGCAGAAUUUGGUUCUAUCGUGUGGGCAAACACCCUACACCUAGUUAAGAGCCCAGUUGCUUUUGCAUGGACGCUGUUGUGAAGUUGAGAAGAGGUUCUUGUUCUUGUGUUUUUCUGGAGCUAGUUUCGCCAACAAAAAGAACAGAAAUUCGGAGAGUAUCAAAAACGUUCGGAGAGUUUCUGUUCUUAUGGCGGUGCCUAAAAAGGAAAGGCAGUUCACAGGAUAGGUUAGAGCUUGUAAUGAAAGAACUGCAAUAUGCCUUGGCCAGGAAAGCUAAUGUAAUAGAAUGACACAACUGUGUUAAUUGCAUAGUGGAGAUUGCUUACAUAUAAUAUAUCAUUUGCUGCUGCAUUUUCUC